AUGUCUUAUAUUUCACUGCGAAUUGGCCAGAACUCGGUAUAUUUAUUUAUAUACAAAAAAUUCAUUAACGUAAAUAAAGUGUUUUUUUGUGAGGGCCCAAAAAAUUAUUGUCGAAUAAAGGCAUAUUUAAUACAAUCAUGGUUAUUAAACUUGUUCUGGAACAUAUGUCUACAGCCAAAUCCACGCAUAAUAAAUAA